AUGGCCGACCACAACGCUGAGCCUGAUGGCUGGUCCUCAUUUCCGCAAGACCAACAUAUGUCUAUGGAUAAUGAGGCAUCCUGGUGCGUUCCCUGCAAACUGCAGUUCAAGUCCUUUGAGCUGCUGCGACAACACAAGAUGAGUGAUGCUGUUCACAAAAGAUUGUACUGCGCCAAAUGUGACAAAGACUUCCAAACUGAAGAUGGAUGCGAUAACCAUCAUAUCAAGGUUCGUUCCUCUCCCCUAUCAAUUGCUUGCUCAUACAGCCUUCACUUUCACCCAUCCAAAUCUAACUGCAAAUAGUUGCAUCCUGCUGAACAAAACUUGGACUGCCCAAAAUGUGGAACAAACUUCACUCGUCUGGGUGCUCUCAUGCACCAUCUUGAAAGUAAACUUUGCCCUGGUGCAGGUGACGUCAAGUUGGAGAAGCGUGUUUACGAGAAGGGUGUUUGGUACAACAACUCCAAGAACAUGAUGGCUCGCGCUGAGUAUGGGAAAACCGCUGGCGACUUUACCCUUGACGAUAUACCCAUGGUCUCCAGCCAAGACAGUAAGUGCCUCACAACGUUGUUAGGUUUGCCUUGGACUAAUUAGUGAAAGCUGCUCAAGAAUCUCAUGGAGGGGUUUCCCUGGGCCCUCAAUAUAUCCGAAAUUCGCACAUUGGUCGUCCUAUGCAAUCAAUGCAAUCACUCGCCCUACAAUCCUUCUUGAAAUCAGAGACACCCUCAAUCCGUGGACAACCACCUGCAAAAUCUUCAAGUCGCGGACAAGCACCAAGAACAUUCUCAAGUCAUGGACAAGUACCUGGACCUUCAGCCAACGCUGGUCGGACUUUCAAUUCAAAUACACGUGCCGUUUUUGACAACGAUGAUUUGAUUAGCAUGCACGAUGAGCCACUCAACACAACCCAGCCUUUGGGCACCCAACCAAUGGCCUCUUCUACUCAACGUUCCACGCCUGCUUUGUACAACACUAACUCCUCGUUCACUGAGAAUUUUGAUUACAUGCGUUGGGAUGACAUUCCUGGCCCUGAUGAAGUGAUUUCUGGCCCUAAGCUCCGCACUGCUCCUGCCACUACCACUCCAAAAACAUUGUUUGGCAAAGAGAACGUAAGAGAUGCUGGUAAACCAGGCCCAGUCUUGACGGAUGUUUCUAGUACACCUGUGGAUGAGGAACAACUGAUCAAAGGAAUACUUGAAUCCGAUGUAAUCAAGAAUAGGUGGCAUACAACUGGUCUCUCCGAGUCACCCGCUGAGUACAUUCAAAAGAUGAAGGUGGGUUUUGAGAGACGCCAGGCCCAACGGUCGUGGGACAAGUCUACUUCCUGGGACAAGUCAACUUCUAUCUCAUCUUCAACCGCCGCUAUGACAACUGCUCAAUCUGCCAAGGACUCCUUUCCCAAACCCGCCGAUGCCAAUACUCCUUCUCAGGCGCCUUCUGUCAAAUCCGCUGCUUCUACUGGCCUUGCUUCUUUCAAAUGGGCUCCACACAGUUAUGCCGCUCCCGGACAGGCCCCUACAGCACCCAAACCAGCACCACACCCCUUUGACCCAAAGAAUCCAACCUUCAAUAUCAAGUCGUACUAUAACCCCUACCUCGAAAAAUACAAAUGUCCCCACAGAGCAUGCACGUAAGUCUCCAUCGUCACCAGUCUGCUUGGUCAUGAACACUAAUCCAUAAUACAGAAAGAGUUGCGAAACUGAGGGCGCUUUUAUUCAACAUUUGCUAAGUUCGGCUCACUGCAAGAACUAUCAAUGUAAGCGGUGCUUGACUCAUUUCGCUACUCUCUCCGCUCUUACCCAACAUAGCGAGGCACAAUCCACAAAAUGCAUUGUCCGUAAGACCGACUUCUACUCGGGUGUGGUUGAUGAGUUGACUGGUGGUAUCGCCGCUCCCAUUGGUUUGCUUCGUGACAGUACCGUCCGUUAUGCUGUUAACAACAUCGGUGACCCAGAGACCUUCUCGGAUAGAAUGUUGGCUCAACAUAAGAAGCAUCGGGAGGAGCGAGCUAAGGCCAAAGAGACUAAGGCUGCUUCGGGUUGGGAUUAUGAAGCUGAGUUCUAA